AUGCGCUUGAUUUACUUUAGCAACGAGUUUCCGCGUGAUGACUUGCAUACUCUCUUUCGCGAGAUCCAGGCUCAUAGCAAGCACAGGAGGCAUCCAAUCCUCGCUCGCUUCUUGGAGGAGGCUACUCUCGCUGUUCUUGAGGAAGUUCGACUUCUUCCUAAUACUUUGAGGAAGUUGAUUCCUCCUUUCGAGACCAUAUUGAAUUUUGCAGACUUUGCAGACCUCCGCAAGGGUCAACUUUGUGGCUCAGUCGAUGGUAUUAUUCUUUGUACUGUUGAAUUGUCCAUCCUCAUUGGAUACUACGAGCGCAACCCAAGUGAAUUCGACUUUGAAACCAUCAGCACCACCCUAGCUGGUCUUGGAAUUGGACUUUUGGCUACCGCUGCCGUAUCCCUUGCUCCUACAGUUGCCGACCUUCCCAUCGCCGGUGCCCAGGUCGUUCGUCAGGCUUUCCGCCUUGGUGUGUUUGUUGACGAGGUCUCGCAGAACUUGCAGCCUCGCGAUUUGACUGACGAGAGCACACCCGGCACUUGGGCCUAUGUUCUUCCUGACGUUAAAGUGGAAGAAGUUCAGGCAGAACUUGACAUUAUUCACAAGUAUGAGAAAACACCCGGUCCUAGCAAGAUCUUUAUCAGUGCCCUCAGCACCACCUCGGUCACAAUCAGUGGCCCUCCUGCAAGGCUCAAGGGUCUCUUCCGCACAGCAGACUUCUUCCGUGACCGCAAGUUUGUACAACUUCCCGUCUACGGUGGGCUGUGCCAUGCUAGUCACAUCUACAGUCAGAAAGAUGUCAAGACCGUCGUUCAUACUCCUUCUAUGACAUCGCUUGACGCCAGGCUCGUCCCUCGUCUUGCCAUUCACUCCACCAGCACUGGCAAGCCUUUCCCUGCCGGUAACGCCAUGGAGCUCUUUGAGGAUAUUAUCAACGAGAUACUCAGACAAGCCAUUCGUUGGGACUCUGUUGUGCAGGCUGUCGUUGAGCGUGCCGACUUCAUUACCGAUUCCCAGUGUCAGGUCCUAGUCUUCCGCACCUCCCUCCCUAUCCAUGAUCUCACUUGUGCUUUGUCAAAGAUCGGCGGCUUCGAGGUUAAUACGGAAGAACUCGUGCCAUGGGUAUAUGACAAGACUGAAUCUGUCGAUGGUGGUUCUCGCGGCCCCAUGCAAUCCAAGAUUGCCAUCGUGGGUAUGUCCUGCAGAAUGCCCAACGGCGCAUCCGACACCGAGAAGUUCUGGGAACUGCUCGAGAAUGGCAUCGACUGCCACAGGAAGAUCCCUGCGGACCGAUUCGACGUUGAGACUCACUACGACCCUACUGGCAAGUGUGUCAACACUAGCCUGACCCCCUUCGGUUGCUUCAUCGAUGAGCCUGGUCUCUUUGAUGCUCCUUUCUUCAACAUGUCUCCUCGCGAGGCUCAGCAAACGGAUCCCAUGCAACGACUUGCGCUUGUUACAGUUUAUGAAGCACUUGAGCGCGCUGGUUACGUUGCUAACCGUACUGCUGCGACUGACUUGCAUCGUCUUGGUACUUUCUACGGUCAGGCUAGCGACGACUACCGUGAGGUGAAUACCGCACAAGAGAUCAGCACAUACUUCAUUCCAGGAGGCUGUCGUGCUUUUGGUCCUGGUCGCAUGAAUUACUUUUUCAAGUUCUCUGGUCCUUCCUACAGCAUUGAUACCGCAUGCUCUUCCAGUUUGGCUACCAUUCAGAUUGCUUGCGCAGCUCUGUGGAAUGGGGAUGUUGACACCGCCGUCGCCGGUGGUAUGAACGUCUUAACCAAUUCUGAUGCCUUCGCCGGUUUGAGUAAUGGGCACUUCUUGUCCAAGACUCCCAACGCUUGCAAGACCUGGGACAGUGAGGCAGACGGUUAUUGCCGUGCUCAUGCUAUAGGAUCCAUUGUCUUAAAGCGUCUUGGAGAUGCCGAAGCCGAUAACGACAAUAUCCUUGUUGUUAUUCUUUCUGCUGCAACCAACCACUCCGCUGAGGCUAUCUCCAUUACCCAUCCUCACGCUGGUCACCAGACUUACCUGGGAUGUCUUUGCGCUAACAGAGCUGGCAUCGACCCACUGAAUUCCGUUACAAACGUCUUCGCUCCGAUUACUAAACGGCGGAGCCAGAAAAACCCUCUCUACAUUGGCGCUGUCAAGUCUAAUGUUGGCCAUAGUGGGGCUGCUGCUGGUGUCACUGCCUUAAUGAAGGUCCUUCUUAUGCUUGAAAAGGAGGCUAUCCCCCCUCACGUCGGCAUCAAGAACAGCCCUAACCCUAAGUUCCCCAAAGACAUGGACAAUCACAAUGUCCGUAUUGCCUUUGAGAAGACUCCAUGGGAGCGUAGGCCUGACCGGAAGCGUAUUGCUGCUGUCAACAAUUUCAGUGCUGCUGGUGGUAACACUACCAUUAUUCUGGAGGAGGGUCCUCUCCGACCAACUACCGAGACUGACCCUCGCACUUCUCACGUCAUCACUUUGUCCGCUAAGAGCAAGAUCUCUCUCAAGGCUAACAUCGAGCGUCUCAUGGGGUACCUCGAAAGUAAUCCUGAUGUAUCCUUGUCUAACAUUGGAUAUUCUACCACUGCCCGUCGUUACCACCACAGCUACCGUAUUGCUGUAUCUGCUAAUGAUAUCGAUCAUGCCAAGAAGCAGCUUACUUCUUCGUUGAAGAAUGUUGAUACUGCCAAGGCGACCAAGAGUGCUAGCCCUCCUCCUGUCGCCUUUGCCUUUACUGGCCAGGGUGCCUCCUUCAAGUCAUACAAUUUGGAGCUCUUCCACACGUCUCCGUACUUCCGGUCUCAGAUCUUGCACCUUGACUCUCUUGCUCCGGGUCAGGGCUUCCCUAGCUUUAUCCCCGUUCUUGACGGCAGCCAUGAGAAGGAUCAUCAGCACUCUCCUGUUCCUACUCAGCUCGCUUUGAUCUGUACCGAGAUUGCAGUGGCCAAAUACUGGGCUACCUUAGGUGUCAAACCUGGUGUGGUUGUUAGUCACAGCUUGGGUGAGUAUGCCGCUUUGCACAUUGCUGGUGUUCUCUCCGCAAGUGACACCAUCUUCCUUGUUGGUCAACGCGCCCGUAUGCUCGAGCAGAAGUGCAAGGUCGGAAGCCACAAGAUGGUUGCCGUCAAGGGAUCUCUUGAGAAAAUUGCUCAGAGCGCCAAUGGCAAGCCUUACGAAAUUGCCUGCAUCAACGGGCCCGAGGAAACCGUCCUCAGUGGUUCCACGUCUGACAUGGAUGCCAUUGUGUCUGUCCUGGAGUCUGCUGGAUGCAAGUGUGUCAGCCUUGAGGUUGCUCCUGCUUUUCACUCCGCUCAGACCGACUCGAUUCUUGAGGAGUUCGAGACUGCCGCAACGGAGGGUGUCCUCUUCCAGACUCCUUACCUCCCAGUUAUCUCGCCUUUAUUGAGCAAGGUCAUUUUCGACGACAAAACCAUCAAUGCCAACUACGUGCGCCGCGCUACCCGUGAAGCCGUCAAUUUCAAGGGUACCAUGGAUGUUGCUCAUAAGAUCGGCGUUGUUGACGAUGAAACAGCCUGGAUUGAGAUUGGACCGCACCCAGUUUGCAUGAGCUUUGUCAAGGCCAGCCUCUCCACUGUCAACGUCGCUGUUCCUUCUCUUCGCCGUGGAGAGAACAACUGGGCUACCUUGGCACAGAGCUUGGCUACCUUGCACGUCGCAGGCACCGAGAUUGACUGGAACGAGUUCCACCGCCCGUUCGAGUAUGCCUUGAGAUUGGUUGACCUACCUACCUAUGCUUGGAAUGACAAGACAUACUGGAUCCAGUACAACGGUGAUUGGGCUCUCACCAAGGGUAACACUUUCUACGAUGCUGAGAAGGGGGUUUCUGAUAUCACUAGUGUCCAUCCCAAGGCCGCUCCUACUCCCCCCAAGUCUGCUUUCAGCACAUCUUCCGUUCAGCAAAUUAUUGAGGAGAACAUCGACGGUGCGGUUGGCACCAUUACUAUGGAGUCCGACCUUUCCCAGACAGAACUGCGUGCUGCUGCCUAUGGUCACAAGAUGAAUAACUGUGGUGUUGUUACUUCUUCUAUUCACGCUGACAUCGCCUACACUCUUGGUGAAUACUUUUUUAAGAAGCUCAACCCCAAGACCAAGGAGGUCCAUAUCAACAUUUCCGACCUCCAGGUUGUCAAGGGUCUUGUUGCAAACCAGAAGGAUACACCACAAUCCAUACGGGUCACAAUUUCUACUUCUGACAUUAACACCAACCAUGCCGCCUUGACUUGGUACAACGUCAAUGAAGACACCCAGUUUGCUACCGCCAACCUCUACUUCAAUGACCCAUCCCAGUGGCUCUCUUCUUGGAUACCAUUCAAACAUCUUGUCCAAGGCCGUAUUGAGGAUCUUGAGCGUAUGGCUGAGGCUGGUAUUGCCAACCGCUUCACCAACAGCAUGGCCUACCUUCUCUUUGGUUCAAGUCUCGUCGAAUACGCACCCAAAUACCGUGGCAUGCAAUCCGUCGUCAUGCACGGGUUGGAAGCUUUCGCUGACAUUGAGCUUACUAAGGAGAAGAGUGGUACCUGGACUGUGCCACCUUACUUUAUUGACAGUGUCGCUCAUUUGGCUGGUUUCAUCAUGAACGUUUCCGAUACCAUGAACACUAAGACUCACUACUGCGUUACUCCGGGCUGGAAGUCCAUGCGCUUCGCUAAGCCCCUUGUCGCUCGUGCCAAGUACCGCUCAUACGUCAAGAUGAUUCCUACAGUUGAGAAUCCCAAUGCGUUCUAUGGAGAUGUUUACAUUCUUCAAGACGAUGUUGUCAUCGGUAUGGUCGGCGGUAUUGAAUUCCACCAAUACCCUCGCAUUUUGCUUAGUCGCUUCUUCUCUGCUCCGGAUGAUCCUAAGGCUCCUCCCAUUGCUGUUGCAGGAGGACAAUCUAAGCCCGCCGCUGCUGUUCCUGCUCCUAACCCAGUUCCAGUUACUACCCCAACUCCCGCUCCUACUUCCAUACCCGCUCCUGCUCCUACACCGGCCCCGGCAUCAGCACCUACAGCUAAGCCUGGUAGUGGUGUCAGCGCCGACUCUACGGCUGGCAAAGCCCUCCAGAUCAUCGCUGAUGAGGCCGCUCUUGACCUUGAAGACCUCGAUGACGAGGCCAGUGUUGCCGGCUUGGGUAUCGACUCUCUCAUGAGUCUUGUCAUCGCUGAGAAAUUCCGUGAGCAGCUUGGUAUUACUGUCUCUGGCAGUUUGUUCUUGGAGUUCCCUACCAUCAGGGACUUGCGUGUUUGGUUGGAAGAAUACUAUAACUAG